AUGGGCGACCACGAUUGGAUUCGGCGAAUCCCCGAGUGCCCCGUGUACUACCCGACGGAGGACGAGUUUCGCAAUCCGCUCGCGUACAUCGAGAAGAUUCGUCCCGAGGCCUCACUGCACGGUGGGUGGCCUCACUGCACGGUGGGUGGAUGUACGCGAGCCGGCGGCGGAGCGGGAGAGCAAGGCGCGGGGGUGGUAGAGGCGAUUUGGCGGGGCAGAGGCGCGGGGCCCUUGAGACGGAUUGGUGGGCGCGAGGUCACGGCAGUCAGGGCACGCCGAGUCCGCUGGCCUGUGUCGCAUGGUCGUGGCUCCGUCACUCCAUGCGAGGACGCUCUCCCUGCUCCCCGCGCACUCCGCUCACUCAGCCCCCCCUCUGCCCACGCCCUCCUCUUCCCCCUUUCCGCCCCUCGCUUCUCGCGUGAGAAACUCGCCCUCUCGUCGACGCGCUUCGACCUGCCGCAGCGACGGCCUCGCUGCUCCACACCGCGCGUCUCCCAGUUCCGCCGCGUCGCACCGUCUCCACCUGUUUCCUUGAGGGGCCCUUUCUGCCUCCCUUCGUCCUUUCCGCUCCGCCUCUCGUCCUCGCAUUGUACUCACUGCCCGUCGACCCUCUCCCCCGCUUCACCCCUCUCCCCUCAUCCAUCCAACACCCCAGCCCAUACCCACAGCCACCCUCGUUUCGCACGCGCCACUAACGCGCACGCGUUCGCCACCGUCACUUCCCCCUUCCCGUUCCGCCCACCAGCACGGGCGUCCAGGCAAGCAAGGCUGCGCUGCAGCGCGCACACGCCCCCUGCGCGCAUGCGGGAGAAUGCCUCCGCGCGCACGCGUGGCAGGCAAUUCAGCGGGCAAGACGCAGGCAUCUGCAAGAUCGUGCCGCCCGUGCUGCCCACGGUGCCCGCGGGGCACGUGCUGCAGCGCGGGCAGAAGCGCCCCUUCCGCUUCACCACGCGCGAGCAGCCCGUGCGCGUGGCGGCGUGCGCGCAUGGCGACCCCCCCGCCUUCCGCAUGAGCGGCAGCCCACGCCCUCUUGACCUCUCGCUCUGCCACAAUCCUCUCCCUUCCCUCGCGUUCCUCCUGUCCACGUCUCAUCACCCCCAUUACCUCCCCACCCUUGCUUCUCUUGCCCUCAUCCUCCCCACCCGCCCGCCCAUCACCGCUCCUCGUUCCAACAGAACCUACUCUCUCCCCGAAUUUGAGCGCAAGGCCGAUCGCUUCCUGGCCACACGAUUCGCCACAUCAGCAGCGCUGCCAGCUGGCAUGGUGGAGCAGCUGUACUGGCAGGAGAUGGAGGGCGGCGGCAGGGAGGCGGGGGGCCACGCGGAGAGGGGCAAGGGCGGAGGGAGGGGGGCGGAGGGGGGAGGCGGGGGAGCAGGCGCGCGGGGGGGGCGGGGGGUGGCGCAUGUGGAGUAUGGCAGUGACGUGGACGGGUCGGGGUUCAGCUGCGACCCGCACGACCCCCUCGCCUCGUCCAGCUGGAACCUCAACGUGCGCACCUCCCCCUGCCACCACCACCACACGCCCCCCUCUCAUCCCUCAUCUCUCUCGCUCACCUGCAUUGACCGCACUCACCACUGCCUUUCACCGCACCCUUGCCGUGCCACUGUUCGCACUCCUCCUCUCCUCCUUUUGUCUCCAGCCCAUCUGUUCCUCUCUCUUCCACCCUCAACCGCGCCUCGCCUCCCCUCCCUGCAGGUGCUCCCCCGGCUGCCCGCCUCUGUGCUGCACCGCCUGCCCGUUGACAUUGCGGGCGUGACAGCGCCCAUGCUGUACGUGGGCAUGCUCUUCAGCACCUUCGCCUGGCACGUUGAGGACCACUACCUCUACAGGGGCUACCAUGACAGGUGUGCUACACAAAGCGCAGUGACACGUGUUUUGUGCGCCGCUGGUUGCCCUAACCUGGCCCUGCGCAACUCAUUGCAUUCCGUGCUAUUGCGUCCUCCACCUGGCCACAUGUCAUCCCCUUCCUGCCUCGCUCACCUGCCCCUCUGCCCCUCCCACACCGCACCGCACCGCACCACCCAUCUGCCCGCCCCCAGCAUCAAUUACCAGCACAUGGGCGCGCCCAAGACGUGGUACGGCGUGCCGGGCAUGGCGGCGCAUGCCUUUGAGGCCGUCGCCAUGCGCCACGUGUACGGCCAGGGGGACGCCCAGGGGGGGUGCGCGGCCAGGGACCCACGUGGGGGUGUGAAGGGCGAGGAGGAGACAGGGAGGGCGCACGGAGGGGGUGGGGUGGAAUGGAGGGGCGCGGCUGUGCAGGGUGGUGGCGCGGGGGAGGUGAGGGGCGGAGGGAGUGUGCAGGGGGGCACCUGCGGAGAGCAGUUGCGGACGCCUGGGCGAGGGGGCGGGUGGGGGAACAGGAGAGGGGGGCGGGGAGGGCGGGGUCGCGGUGGGAGGGGCGCGGCUGGGGGAGGGGCGCUUGCUGUGAGGGGUGAGGGCGGAGGGGGGGAGGGCAGGUGCGCGGGGAGCUGUGAGGUGGGCGAGGUGGAGAGGGCGGGUGGUGCAGGGGCGGGCGAGCAGGGGCGGUGGGGCGGUGGGGCGGUGGGGCGAGCGUGCGCGUUGCUGAUGGGCAAGACGACCAUGUUCUCGCCCCGCCUGCUGCUGGCCCAUGGCGUGCCCGUGGUGCGCGCCGUGCAGGCCGCGGGGGAGUUCGUGGUGACGUACCCGCGGUCGUACCAUGCUGGGUUCAGCCAUGGUACACAGUCUCACACAUGCAUGCACUCACGUGCAACCCCUCUUGCAUGCACUCACGUGCAACCCCUCUGCUCUUCCGUGUCCCCCUCUGCUCUUCCGUGUCCCCCUCUGCUCUUCCGUGUCCCCCUCUGCUCUUCCGUGUCCCCCUCUGCUCUUCCGUGUCCCCCUCUGCUCUUCCGUGUCCCUCUCUGCUCUUCCGUGUCCCCCUCUGCUCUUCCGUGUCCCUCUCUGCUCUUCCGUGUCCCCCUCUGCUCUUCCGUGUCCCCCUCUGCUCUUCCGUGUCCCCCUCUGCUCUUCCGUGUCCCCCUCUGCUCUUCCGUGUCCCCCUCUGCUCUUCCGUGUCCCCCUCUGCUCUUCCGUGUCCCCCUCUGCUCUUCCGUGUCCCCCUCUGCUCUUCCGUGUCCCCCUCUGUCCGCGCCCUGCCUCCCCCCCUCCCCUCCCUCCCCUCCAGGCUUCAACUGCGGCGAGGCGGUCAACUUCGCGCCGCCCGACUGGUUUCCGUUCGCUGCUGCUGCCGCCCGGCGCUACGCCGUGCUGCGCCGCGCGCCGCUGCUGUGCUGGGAGGAGCUGCUGUGCCGCCACGUGGUGGCGCUGCUCAGGAGCGAGGGGGGAAAGAUGGGGGAGAGGGGCGAGAGGGUGGAUGAGGAGCAAGUGGGAAAAAUGCAGGAGAGGGUGGAGGAGGGCGGGAGUGCCGCCAGGACACUAGGGAGGGCGGGAGAGGAGGUGCACGAUGGGUUGAGAGGGCAGAGCGCAGAGAAGGCGGCACGGCAUGCAGUGGUGGUGUUCUCGCCCUGCAAGGAGAGCGGCCCGGGGCCCCCUGCUGAUCGUGUUGACCGCGUUGACUUGCCUCCAUGUACAGCGGCAGCAGCGCCUGGUGGCGUGGCAAGCAGCAAUGGCAGUGGCACACAGAUAGGACGCAGUGAGGAGCGCAGGCGCAGCGAUACUCAUGGUGGCGCUGUUGACCCCGUUGACCUGCCUCCCUCCACUGGCAACACUGACCCCAUGCACCCCUCCACUGGCAACACUGACCCCAUGCACCCCUCCACUGGCAACACUGACCCCAUGCACCCCUCCACUGGCAACACUGACCCCAUGCACCCCUCUAGCCCUCCUGCCUGCACCACACCCCUCGCCCUCAUUCACCCUUCUCACCCUGUGGGCCUUGCUCACCCUAUUGACCCCACUAACCCCACUGACCCCACUGACCCCACUGACCCCACUGACCCUGUUGACCCCAUUGACCCCACUGACUUGGUUGACCCCGUGGACUCUACAGACGCCAUCGAUGCCAUUCAAGUCACCCCACCUCGCCUGGCCGCCAUGGGCCACGUGGGGCGCAGCGCGGUGGAGCAGUUGGUGCGGCUGGUGGGCGAGGAGGGGCGCAUCCAGGCGUGGAUGAAGCAGCGAGGCGCCGUGGUGGCGGUGCUGCCGGGGUUGUCAGCGGCGCUGCCGUGCUCGCUGUGCUGCCGCCUCUGCCACCUGGCGGUGGUGGCGUGCUGCUGUGUGCGCGACCCCAUCUGCCUGCACCACGGUGCGUGCACGUGGCCGGGCUUGGGUGUGGCCAUGUGGGUGGAUGCAUCUCCCCUCGCUCUCAUUGUUCUUCAACACCACUGCCACUUCCCGCAACUCCUGUCUUCUCGUCCCUCGUCUCACCCGUACCGCUGCCUGCCCACGUCUCACCCCAGCAUCAACCGCGCCUGUCGCUGUGGCCCCCUGCGCGUCAUCUCGCUGCGCCGCCACACGCCCGCCCUCCACCGCCUCGCGCUGCGCCUGCACACUGCGCUCUCUGCCACCCCCACCGCGCCGCACCGCACUGUAUGCACGCUGCAAGAGCACCCGAUGGCAGGGCGCGCAGCCGCAGCAGCGGGCGUGCUGGCAGCGCUGGGAGCAGCGGCACCGGCGCGGUGGGAUGAGGACGUGGCUGAUAUCGAAUCACUCUCUAACGAGCAUGACCUGGAGGGGUUCGGAGGGGACGUUGACAGGGAGCAGUGGGUGAGAAAGGGUGGGGGGGGCGGAGGGCGGGGGGCGGGCAUGAACAAUGGAGAGGUGGAGGACGCAGGAGGGCGUACUGUGGGAGGAAUGGGUGCAGUGGUUGAGAGCGGUGGCGAGGGGUGCAGAGAUGGCAGGCAUUGUGGUGGCGAGGGCGAGGAAGCAGAGUGUGGUGCAAGUGAAUGUGCUGUAGCUGAUGGUGCUGUAGCUGAUGGUGCUGUAGCUGAUGGUGCUGUAACUGAUGGUGCUGCUGAGAUGCCAUGCGGCAACGGUGGGUGCAAGCAGGGAGAGCAUGGCAGCAACGAUCACGGUCGUGCCCCCUGCCAUGCACCAUGCUCCUUGCCACACCCGCCACUGCCCCACCCUACCCGACCUCGCGAGUGGAAGCAGCAGAUGGAAGUGAUGCGUGUGCACGCCGAGCAGCUUGCAGCCAUACAGGUGGCAGUAGGGAGCGCCAUGCGUGGUGAGCACGCGUCACCAGCAGCAGAGGGGCGGCCUCCCCCACAGGGGCGUGCUGCCACCCACCCCGCACUGCACCGCCCUGCCGCCACCCCUCCCCCUGCCCUGCCGCCUCCUGCUCCCCCCCACGCCCAUCCCGCGGCACUGUGGGCGCCAUGCGGUGUGCAGGAGAGUGCGGGUGCGGAGGCGAGGACGCAGGUGGGGCAGCGCGCCCACAUGACAGCGCUGGACGUGCUGCUGCUGCCCGCUCCUCCCCCACCCCCCUCGCCUCCUCUCCCGCCCCCCCCGGCCAUGCCCCACCCCCCGCCAACCCCCCUGUGCUUGCCCCGCGCCCUGCUCCUCCCCAGCCGUUCCCAUGGUGCUGUGGCGCGUGAGUGCGUCCCUGUGGUGGCCGCUCAUGGCCGCGUGGGUGCGCCGUGGGAUGGCCCAGCAGCACCACGAGGAGAAGGGCAAGGCAUCACAGUGGCACGUGGAGGCGGGGAGGUGGGGAGCAGUGCAGGCGAGGUAGGCGGUGCAGGGGGGCAGCGAUGGCAGCCGGGUGCAGAGAGCGCGAGGGUGGAGGAGCGGGGCCAAGGUGGUCCAGUAGUUGAGCAGAUGGCGUGCAGUGGCGGGCAAAGAAUGGGUGAAGAAGGGUGCUGUGGGGGGAUGGGAGUGCGAUGCAGCAGCAGCAGCAGGGGGCGGGGUGGGUGCGAUGGGGACCGGGUGGAGGGCAGCAGCGAGGGGGCUGCGCUGGCAGGGGUGGCGGAGGGGGGUGAUGAGAUGGUGGCGGAUGGGGGUGAUGCGAUGGUGGCAUGGGCAGGGACAAGGGUGGAGCCGGACAUGACGCGGUGUGAGAUGGCGGAGAGGGACGGACGCUGGGGAGGGGUGGAGGGCGCUGGGGGAGGAGUGGAGGGCGCCGGGGGAGGAGUGGAGGGCAGAAGGAAGGAAACAGCAGAGGUAGGAGGGUGGGAGGCAGUGGGGGAAAGAGGGGAGGAGCAAAAGGAGGGAAGAGAGGAGGGAGGAGAGGAGGAGGGAGGGGAGGGAUGGAAGGAGGAAAGAGGGGAGCAGAAUAGGGAGGGAAUACGGGGGACAGGAAAGGAGGAAAGAGAUCAGGUAGGAGAGGAAGGAAGAAGGGAGGAAAGUGGGGAGAGAAGAAGGGAGGCAGGAGAGGCGGGAGCAGGGGAAGAAGGAACGGAGGAAAUUGGGGACGGGAAAAUGGAGGGGAAAGAGGAGGGAGGAAAGGAGGAAGGAGGGGAGGAAGGAGGGGAGGAAGUAGAGGAAGGAAGAGGGAAGGAAAGAUGGGGGGUAAGAAUAGGAGGAGAUGAGGGCAACGGUAUGGAUGAAUGGAGCGAGGGAGGAACGGAGAAAGGGAGAGAGGGAGGAGCGAAGGAGCAAGGGGAUGGAUGCGAGGUGGGGAAUGAGGAGGAAGGGGAGGGCGUGCAAGGGGCAGUGCGAGCGGGCAGUGGUGAACAGGCGGGUGAGUGUGAGGGGGGUGGCGGUGAGUGCAAUGGAGUGUGGCGGGCAGACGGAGGAAGCGGAGAGUGCCGUGGCGAAGCGAGUGCGUGUGGUGAGAGAGCGAGUGCGUGUGGUGAGAGAGCGAGUGCGUGUGGUGAGAGAGCGAGUGCGUGUGGUGAGAGAGCGAGUGCGUGUGGUGAGAGAGCGAGUGCGUGUGGUGAGAGAGCGAGUGAGGCGGCGUGCCCACCAUGUGAUGCAUCAGGUGAGGCGGCAGCAACAGCAGCAGGUGCAGCGGAAGGAGGUGAUAGAGAGGGGUAUGCGCUACGAGGUGAUAGAGAGGGGUAUGCGCUACGAGGCCAUCGCCAACAAGUUGCACCUCCUGAUGCCAUUGCUUCUGCACGCACUCAUGCUCAUGCUCAUGCUGAUGGCGACACUGAUGCGGGUAGUGGUGGUGCGUAUGGUGUGCGAGGAGAGGGUGCUGAGACCCCCCUGGGUGGGGCAUCAAGGACGCUGGGAAGGGUGGUGGUGCAGCAGGAGGGACAACAGGAGGGGCAGCAGGAGGGGCAGCAGGAGGGGCAGCAGGAGGGGCAGCAGGAGGGGCAGCAGGAGGGGCAGCAGGAGGGACAGCAGGAGGGGCAGCAGCGGUGGAGCGGAGGGGCGAGCAGGCGGCGGCGGCGGCAGUUGUGGAUGGUGUGGGAUGGCGGGCGGCGGAGGAAGAAGAGCCGCUCCGCUCAGGGGGGCCCGUGGGCGGGCGGUGCUGGUGGCACUGCUGCUCCCCCGCCUCGUGCUCAUCGCAGCCCUGCUGCCACUCGUGGCGGUGGUGGCAGCAGUGGCAGUGAGAAGAGCAGCAGUGACGACUGGCGCUGGGCGUGGGAGAGCAAGGGGCGGAGGAGCAGACGGGGCAGGCGAGAGGUAGGGCACUUGUUGGCAAGAGGGGAGCAGGGGGGCAUGGCGCUGGCAGUGAGGGGAGAGAAGAGGAAGGCAGAGGAUGAGGGGCGGGUAGAUGCGGGCAUGGCGGCAGCAGCUGCAGCAGCAGCAGCAGCAGCAGGCGUGAGUCCGGCGAAGCAGAGGCGGCUGGUGGAGGUGAGCGGAGGGAGCUGCGGUCCACGGGCUGUGAGGGAGGACAGGGCUGUGAGGGAGGACAGGGCUGUGAGGGAGGACAGGGCUGUGAGGGAGGACAGGGCUGUGAGGGAGGACAGGGCUGUGAGAGAGGACAGGGCUGUGAGAGAGGACAGGGCUGUGAGGGAGGACAGGGCUGCGAGGGAGGACAGGGCUGUGAGAGAGGACAGGGCUGUGAGGGAGGACAGGGCUGUGAGAGAGGACAGGGCUGUGAGGGAGGACAGGGCUGUGAGGGAGGACAGGGCUGUGAGAGAGGACAGGGCUGUGAGGGAGGACAGGGCUGUGAAGGGGACGAUGGAGGUGGUGGGCAUGGGGGGUGGGCUUUCACACGAGCACGCAUGGCAUGCAACGGAAGGUGGGUCGAGGUGCGAGAGUGGUGAGGCCUCUUUGGUGGUCAGCAGCGCGGUGAAGAGUGGUGCCGUGCGCAGCUGUCGGUCCAUGCUGGUGGGCCAGCAUGGGCAGGGUGGGCAGGGAGGCGCAGCGGAGGGAGGGGAGGGGUGGAGGGCGGAGGGCCCGUGGGAGAAGGGCUUCUGGCAGCUCGUGGUGCGGCAGCGCCGCACGUGGCAGUACCGAUUAUCGAGCCCUGGCGCUGACGACUGA